AAGAAAGAACAAGAAAGGGCAAAAGAAAAAGGUAAAACGAAAAGAGGAGAACGGAACUUCAGAGAUAACCGGAGGAGAUAUCCUGUACCUCUGGAGUCGGGAUCUCUUCUUCUUCUCGAGUACCGUCACCGCCUCCGUUUCCUUCCGGAAUAUGCCGCCGGUCUGAUCACCCCCCCGACGGGCCAUAGCAGCGAUGGCUGCCCGCCUCUACCUCGGGCGCUGCCCGCUUUUCCCCCUCUCCCUCUCCUCACCCUCCCCCUCACCCAAAUCCCUCACCCUCGCGCUUCCCCGCCCCCUUCCCCCCAUCCACCUCCGCUUCCACCUCGUCCUCCGCCGCCCCCGUCGCCUACCAUUCCGCUUCACCGCCGCUUUCGUCCCCUCCUCCGCCGCCGAUGGCCCCGCCGACCACGAACUCCCCCUAAAGGAUGUGGAGGCGUCGGCGGUAAUCGAUCAGCAGCGGCAGAAUCAGGGGAGCCAGCUGAGGAAGAGGGUGAUUUUUGGGCUGGGGAUCGGAUUGGGCGCCGGAGGUGUCGUCGUGGCUGGGGGAUGGGUGUUCACCGUGGCGGUGGCGGCUGCGGUGUUUGCCGCCGCUCGCGAGUACUUUGGGUUGGUCAGGAGUCGGGGGAUUGCCGCCGGGAUGACGCCGCCUCCCCGAUACUUAUCGAGGGUUUGCUCGGUUAUCUGUGCCCUCAUGCCCGUACUGACGCUGUAUUUUGGUCACAUGGAUGUGUCUGUAACAUCAUCAGCUUUUGUUGUUGCAAUGGCGUUAAUUUUACAGAGAGGAAAUCCCCGUUUCGCCCAACUCAGUAGUGCAGUGUUUGGGCUGUUCUACUGUGGCUAUCUUUCCUGUUUCUGGGUCAAACUUCGUUGUGGUUUGUCUGCUCCUGCACUAAAUACCAAUAUUGGAAGAUCCACUCUUUCAGAAAUUGGAAAUGUCUGGCCGGUUCUUCUUGGUGGGCAAGCUCAUUGGACCGUUGGACUUGUUGCAACCUUGAUUUCUAUUAGCAGCAUUAUUGCAGCAGACACAUUUGCUUUUCUAGGUGGAAGGGCAUUUGGUCGUACACCACUUACUAACAUAAGUCCAAAGAAGACUUUGGAAGGAGCAUUAGCUGGACUAAGUGGCUGUAUAGUCAUUGCAGUACUGCUAUCGAAGAUUUUAUGCUGGCCUACAUCCCUAAUAAGUGCUUCUGCUUUUGGAAUUCUGAACUUCACGGGAUCUCUGUUUGGGGACCUUGUUGAGUCUAUGAUUAAACGUGAUGCUGGUGUUAAAGACUCUGGAUCACUCAUACCUGGACAUGGAGGCAUACUUGAUAGAUUGGACAGCUAUGUGUUCACAGGUGCCCUAUGUUACUCCUUUGUGAAGAUUGCCCUGCCACUCUUUGGCGUUUAGUUAUCAUCAAAAUCAAUUUGGGUGGGGAGUUCAAGUGUUCUGCUUGCCCUCUUCUUGCGAACCGGAACCUGAGUCUAACAAAUUGACAAAAUAGAAUGGAGGAAAAGUAGUCUGGGAUUUUCAAGCAGUGAUAUGUUGGUGGUGAUUGUGAAGAAAUCCUUCAAUUGGUGGCAUACUGUUUCUGAUUCUUUUUUAGGUGGAGGACAUGUCAAUACCACAGGAGAUCUAGAUGAUGUAUUCAUGUUGUAGAAAUUCUUGGUAUCAAUUGGAAUCCAAUAUUUGUGCAACAAUGCUUUCCAAAGUCACUGAUUAAAGUGAGGCUGGAGAGAAUGUACACAAUUUGGAAUUUUUCCUCUGGAGCUGUUAUGCUUGAAGAUUCGUAAAUUUAGUCGAGGCAACCUUGACGAGAACAGCGAGUAUAGCAUCAUGAGAAUUACUUGGUUCUAUCUGUAUACCUAUUCUUUUGACUUUGCAAUGAUAUAUUUUGAUCGAAAAAAGGACUUUGCAAUGAUA